AUGGCACCUAAGACUGAGUUGAUUGGUUAUCUUCAGGAAAAGUGUCAAUUGCACCCGGGUUUCAGCUGGACGUGUCUCUCUGGAGGCGCACUGCUUGAUGUGGGCAUUCGCUCCGGGGCCUGGGGCUUCUCGGCGUCAGAACAAACAGCCACGAUCUUUGACACUGGUAAAGCUCGUUUUGACUCCACAACAAUUCCUACCAUGGCGCAGAGUGUGGUGUCCGUUUUGCAGAAACCUGCGGACAGUACCAACCAAUAUCUGUCGAUUAGGAGCUUCAUCGUUUCUCAAUCAGAGAUCCUUGCCGCCUUAGAGGACAUUACCCGGACAAAAUGGCGUGUAUCUUACGUCGAUGCUGAGAAUCUGCGCCAAGAAGGCUGGAGAUUGCUUGCAGGCGGUAACCCAAAGCAAGGCAUCGAAGGUAUUAUCAGAGGUGCUCUGUUUCAAGGUCAGAGAGACAUCUCAGUGCCCCAAGAUGCCCUUGCGAAUACACGGCUGGGAUUGCCGACCACGGAUCUAAGAGGUUAUCUAGAGAUUAUGGUUAAGAGCUAA